GCCGAAAUACGAAUACUUUUCUGAAGGAGAAAUUGUUAUACUUAAGUGUAUGGGUGAUGCAAAGAAGAUAGAUUGGAUUGGACCUGCGCAAAACAGUUCAAAUCCAUCACCUAUACUUGCAUAUGACGUGUUUGGAGAAGAAAAAAUAUGGAACACGACAACUUAUGCAACUGGUCGAGUUAUAAAUCCUGAUAUUCCAAAUUUUGGAAGACUCAAAAUUGUUGAUACGGGAGGAAAAGGAGACUUUGAUUUACAAAUAAGCAAUACUUCAAUUUUUGAUGAAGGUUUCUAUAGAUGUGAGAUAGAACCAGUCAAAGGCAAGCCUAUGACUAAAAAUUAUAUUUUACAAUUAAAAAAACUGCCAACUAACCUAACCAUCGACUAUGAAACGGAUGAGAACACGAUAAUUGGGACAGAGGAUGAACUAUUGAAAAUAGCUUGUAAUGUUGAAAGUGGCAGUCCGCCAGAAACCAUAUAUUGGAAACAAAAUGGACGAAUUCAGCAAAUAGGAGGACCAAGAAGGAAUGUUUUUCAAUUCCGUACAAAUCGAACCGUUCACAAUUCAACGCUAACCUGUGAAGUAGUAAACGAUAUUACUAAUAAGCCUCUAAUAAAGACCGUCCGACUGGACAUAAAAUACAAGCCAAUAGUAUUGAUAAACCGCGAAGAAACAAUACCACUAUUUGAAGGAGAAAAGGCAUCACUGUGCUGCGAAAUCGACAGUAAUCCGCAUAUUAGUUUCAUGUUGUGGUCUAAAGAUAGCAUAGACAUCACGAACACUAUGAACCCGUCUUGUUUGUUCUUCAAACAUUUGAAUCGACAAGACAGGGGUAAUUACACUUGUCUUGCGGGAAAUGAAAUAGGAAAUGGAUCGUGUGAGACAUCACUUACGGUAUAUUACCCACCUUCUGUCUACCUUGAGAACAAAAACUUUUCUAUAAAUGAAAGCAAAAGAGUUGUUCAUUGCAAGGGUGACGGGGAACCAAAUAACAUAACAUAUUUUCGUGUGGAGCAUACAUCCUAUUUCGAUGAGCAUAUAAGAUAUUUGGCAGUCUCUUCUGAUGGCAUUGCUAAACUGCCACCUAUGAAAGAAUCAAAAAGAUAUCAGGAUACUGGUUUGUACCUGUGCAAUGCUUCUAAUGGUGUUCCGGAUGAAAAAGGAAACACAUUGCAACGUGCUAAAGCUUACCUAGUGUCACCAGGUCUGCUAUUAGAGGGUGAAAUGGGUGUCCAUAGAAAUACCUACAACCUGUCGAUAUAA